AUGGAUCCGGUUGAGUGCCAUCGAUCGGCGGCUGAGUUGUUACAAGCUCAAACUCACAUCUACAACCACACCUUUAGCUUUAUCAACUCGAUGGCACUCAAGUCUGCUGUUGAGCUUGGAAUCGCCGACGUUAUCCACACCCACGGCAAACCCAUCACCCUUGCUGAACUCGUUGCCGCGCUCAACAUUGGGACAACCAAGACGGCUUACGUGUAUCGCCUGAUGCGGGUGCUCGUCCACUCUGGUUUCUUCCGAGUAGUGGAAGAAGCUUACGUGUUAACACCAUCUUCGAAAUUGCUGGUCAAGGACGAUCCGAACUGCUUGUCUACCAUGGUGAAGAUGCUGACUCAACCUGAGUUCCUAACUCUGAGUCACGUCUUGAAAGAUUGGAUGAAGGAUGGCCAGGUUUCUUCCAGUACUACAGCAUUUGAGAAAGCACAUGGAAUGGCGUUUUGGGAGUAUGCCAAUGGAAAACUUGAAUUCAAUGCCCUUUUCAAUGAAGCCAUGGAUUGUGAUUCUGCCAUGAUGAACUUGACUGUGAGAGUUUGUGGAGUGGUUUUCCAAGGAAUUGAUUCUUUGGUUGAUGUUGGUGGAGGGACAGGGACAUUUGGCAGGAUAUUAACAGAGGCUUUUCCUGGUAUGAAAUGUAAGGUUCUUGAGCUUCCUCAAGUUAUUGAUCACUUGACUGGUACCUCAGGGAGCUUGGAGUUUGUUCAAGGAGAUAUGUUUCAACAUGUCCCUUCUGCCCACGCCGUCUUGCUCAAGACGAUUUUGCACGAUUGGGAUGAUGAAGAGUGUGUUAAGAUCCUGAAGAAAUGCAAGGAAGCAAUUUUGAGCAGAGGGGAGGGAGGGAAGGUGAUAAUCAUUGACAUUGUGAUGAACGAGAAGAAGGAUGAACAUGAAUUGGCUGGAACGAAGCUCUUGUAUGACUUGUUGAUGAUGUUGGUGGUUAAUGGGAAGGAGAGGAGCGAAAAAGAAUGGGAGAGGCUCUUCUUGGAAGCUGGUUUCAAGCACUACAAGAUCACUGCUUUGGUUGGCCUUAGGUCGCUUAUUGAAGUUUUUCCUUAA